UAGAAAGGUUUUUGCUUUGGCAAAAUGCAACAAUUCGUCACUUUACGAAACAGCUGAUUUUGCGUUUGCUUUUGACAACUACUGUGACAUUUCCUAAAUAUCUGAAAUACGUUUGCGCUUUUAUCGAGUUAGCUUGGUUUUUUAGGCAAUCGGUUUUCAAAUAGUUGUUAAUCGCUUUUAUUUAAAUUAUUUGCAUUUGAAAAGGGAGGGAAAUUGUGUAAAAUGGCAACUGAAGAAGAGCAAAUACAAGUGCUGCCGGUGAAGGAGCCGCUGGAUCUGAUUAGGCUGAGUUUGGACGAAAAAGUAUAUGUAAAGAUGCGUAAUGAGCGAGAACUACGAGGCCGUCUCCAUGCCUUCGAUCAGCAUUUGAAUAUGGUACUAGGCGAUGCAGAAGAAACAGUCACCACCGUGGAAAUAGAUGAAGAAACCUAUGAAGAAGUUUAUAAAACAACAAAGCGAACGAUUCCAAUGUUGUUUGUGCGAGGUGAUGGCGUCAUUUUGGUAUCGCCCCCUAUGAGAGUCGGCUGAAGAAGCAUCAAUACAAUAUUUUUAGGCAGUAUAUUUAAAGUAUAGAAAUUUAAAACUGGAAUUUAUCAAAAUAAAAAUAUGCAUACAAAUAUAAAAUACAAA